CGAUAAAUUAAUUAUCUAUAAAUGGGUCCUAAUAUCAUUCCAUAGUGUAUCGACCACCGCUGAACUUUACUUUGCGCUGCAAUGGCGGGCAAAACGAAGUAAUUAUUUUAAAUUUUUGUUUGUGUGUCAAUUGUGAUAAACCAUGUCAAAAGCGGCAACUUCGGGUAUUUUAUCUGCCGUGGUCGUAAUCGCUUGGACCGGCGUUUAUUUUUCGAAACAUCAGUAUCCAGCCACCACGCUAACGAUCGUCGAAGAACUAAAUGACGACUACAACGAUUGGAAUAUUUCGCUUUAUUCGGCGGAGGAUGGAAACGAUACAACCCUGGAACGAAGGGACAGAGUGCGAGAGAUGAUGAAACACGCAUGGGACAAUUACGUCAAGUACGCAUGGGGCAAGAAUGAACUUCGACCAAUUACAAAGCGCGCUCACAGUGCCAGCAUUUUUGGUACCAUGCCCGUUGGAGCAACGAUUUUGGACGGUUUGGAUACUUUGUAUAUAAUGGGUCUACAGGAUGAAUUCAAAAAAGGAAGAGACUGGGUUGCUAACGAACUUAACAUUGAUAGUUUGGCCUCAGAUGUUUCCGUCUUCGAGGUCAAUAUUAGAUUUGUUGGCGGAUUACUCUCAUGUUACGCGUUAACCGGCGACGUCUUAUUCAGAGACAAAGCGCAAGAAAUCGCCGAUAAGCUGCUACCUGCAUUCCAGACUCCUACGGGGAUCCCUAACGCUCUAGUCAACUUUAGGACGGGAAGUAGCAAAAAUUAUGGUUGGGCGAGUGGAGGGUCUAGUAUUUUAUCUGAAUUCGGCACGCUUCAUCUCGAAUUCGCAUACCUCAGUGACGUAACGGGAAAUCCGAUAUAUCGCAGCAAAGUUGAUCACAUCAGGCAGCACAUCAGAAGCAUGGAAAAACCGAAAGGCUUGUAUCCGAAUUAUUUAAAUCCGAAAACGGGAAAAUGGGGACAACACCACAUCUCAAUGGGCGCUUUGGGCGAUAGUUUCUACGAGUACCUCUUAAAGGCGUGGAUGCAAUCUAAUAAGGAGGACAACGAAGCACGUCAAAUGUUUGACGAUGCCAUGCAAGCUGUCAUGCAACAUAUGCUCCAUACCUCUUCAAGUGGGCUCACGUACUUCGCCGAACUUAAGUUCGACAGACCCGAGCACAAAAUGGACCAUCUUGGUUGUUUUUCUGGCGGCCUUUUAGCGCUAGCUUCCAAAAGUUUAAAGAACGAAAUGUCAGAUAAAUACAUGGAUAUUGCCGAUAAAAUUACAAACACGUGCCAUGAAUCUUACGCGAGAUCUCAGACGAAAUUAGGACCCGAGUCUUUUAGGUUCACUGGAGGAGUGGAAGCUCGAGCGCUAAAAAGUUCAGAAAAAUAUUAUAUUUUAAGGCCGGAAGUUAUAGAAUCUUAUUUUUACAUGUAUAGGUUAACCAAGGAUCAAAAGUAUCGGGAUUGGGGUUGGCAAGCAGUAGAGGCUUUAGAAAAACAUUGCAGAGUACCGGGUGGAUACACGGGCUUGAAAAACGUUGACACGGAUGAACCUUUACAAGAUGAUGUUCAGCAAAGUUUCUUUUUAGCAGAAACGUUGAAGUAUCUGUACUUAUUAUACUCUGAUGAUACGCUAAUUUCACUGGAUCAAUGGGUAUUCAACACCGAAGCACAUCCGCUCCCGAUCAAAGGUGUGAAUCCGUACUACAGAGAGGCAUCAGUGUAGAAUUGAUAAAAUAGUACACUUAGUGUUUACCCAGACUGAUAGCAGAUACUUCCAUUAGAAAAUUAUUUAUUAAUAUAUUAAUAUAUUAAAUGAGAGACCAAGAUAAUAUUACAGUGUACGUUAAUUUUGUGUUAAAUAAAAGUGUGCUGUGAUUUGUGACAUCAGUACAUAGGUUUGUACAUAAUUAGGUAGAUAUUAUAAUUCAUAUUGAGUCAAUUUAACAAUCGUCGCUGCUGGAACCUUUAAUUCGUACUUCGUACACGCCGAGUGAUAGUGAGAUAUAUACUACAAUCUGUUAUAUUAACUGUUGCCAAAUCAAAAGUCUCUUCUAACAAGCAGUGACAAGAAUGCUGUAUAAAUAUUUGUACAUUUUAUAAAUAGUUUUAAUUAGAAGUGUAUCGUAGCAGUUCCUAGACGAGGAAACAACUUUCUUAAAUACUCGACUUAAUUCUUUUGUAAUUAUUUUGUUACAUUCGUCAUUGUUACUGUGUGUAUUGUUAAUACAAAACUAAUUUCAUCUAAUGGUAAAUUAUAAGCGAAAAAGACUGUAACUUUUUGAAUUGAUCUGAUAAAGAUCAACAUGUAAAUAGAAAGAGUUAAUAGAGAAUGUAAUUUUUAUGUUAUUUUAAUAUAUUCAAUGUUAGCAUCUACUGUCUUCUUCUGUAUCGAUCGAUCUGCAUUAAACACUACUGUAUUGUG